CCAGGACAGUAAUACCUCUGCAUCGCAAAUUCUCCAAGAGCGAGAAAUCCCAGCAGGAAUAUAUAUUUCUCUGUCUCCCGGCCAUCACAUCAAAAAAACCCCCUCACCAAAAUGGCCUCCUCCUCAACCCUUACCACCCUCCCCACCGUCCUCCUAACCGCCACCGGUCUUCCCACGCCCGACCCCUUACCCCCCCAAUUCGAAAGCUCUUCUCCCAUCUCUUUCCCCGUCCCCACCUCCACCGCCAUCUCCAACGCCUCCAGCUCGUCCACCUCCAGUUCCCUAACCCCCGGCGUCAAAGCCGCCAUCGGCGUCUGCGUCGCCACCGUCGUCCUCGGCAUCUGCCUCGUGCUCUUCCUCCACAAUCGCAUCUACCGACGCCGCAUACUAAGACAGCAGCAUCUCAUCCGCGCCAGCGAGAAAGGGAUGCAGAACGCAGCCGCCUUUCAGAGGGCUCUCCCGCCCGAGUUCUUGGAGAAUGGGAAUGCCGGCUUUGGGACCGAGAAGGUGAAGGAGCCGGAGAAGGUGAUGGGGAAGGAGGAGAGGGUGGGUGAUCCGUGUGUGUCGCCGCAUGAGCUGGAAUCAGAUUUCGGGAGUUUGGAGAGUUUGGAAAAGGCGAAGACGAAGGGGCACAGGGUUGCAGAGUAUGGGCCGAAAUAGAAAUUAAAUAGAGAU